GGCGCGUGUGUGGCGCGCCUCCUCUCGCCCGCCCCGCCCCCUCUGGUCACUCAGGGGCGCGCGCAGCGAGUGCGCGGCGAUUGGCUGGCUCUGGGGCCCGCACCUCAGGCCGGAGAAACUGAGCUGAAGGAUCCCGCGGCUCCCCAGGAAAAUCAUCAAUUGAAAUGGUUCCUAAGACCACUGGACAAGAUUGUCUCUGACAUGAACUCAGUGGCUCUUUGAUCACCUCCCCCUGAGAGGGGUCAUUCUGACCAGGCCACAGAGGAAGACUAUGAAACACAGUCCUGAUGAGACCUGGGUUUCUCUGUGUAGCUCUGGGUGUCCUGGACUCACUUUGUAGACCAGGCUGACCUCAAACUCACAGAUAUACACCUACCUCUUCCUCAAAGUGCUGGAAUUAAAGGUGCGUGUCAUCACACCUGGCCCCAAGGCUACUUUUUAAAGAUAUAGCCAUAUUUGUCUUGCACAAGAGACCUUUGUGGCAGGUGAGAGUGCACCAGUAGAUGAGCAGCUGACUAUGAAUUCUCAGCAAAACAUGUGUAAAUUAGACAACGAAGUCAAAUCUGAGGACCUUGAACUGCCAAGGAGGAAAUCCAGCAAUUUUCAAGUCCUCGAUCCUAAUCCAGAUGAAGGGCCAUCUAUAAAGUGCAGUAUUAUGGAAUGUGGAAAGAAUUAUGAACCUGUGAUUUCUCAUCAAGUUAUCCCAGACUUAAGUAAAGAGACGUCAGUAGCAUAUCUUCAAAAAGAAUUGGAAAUUCUCAGAACAAGCAAUAAAAAGCUUCAAGAAAAAUUGACCAAAGAAGAUAAAGAAAAGAGAAAAUUAAAGCUUAAGUUGGAACUCCAAGAGAAAGCGGCAGAGGCUGAAAUUGCUGAGAGGACAGCAGCUUUGGUUGAAGAAGUGUAUUUUGCACAGCGAGAACGUGAUGAAGCUGUUAUGUGCAGACUGCAGUUAGCCCUUGAGGAGAGAGAUGAAGCAGUUGAACGUAUGAAGCACAUGGAAAUGUCAUUAAAACUGCUAGAAAAUAUUAACCCUGAAGAAAAUGACAUGACAUUACAGGAAUUACUGAACAGAAUAAACAAUGCAGACACUGGGAUAGCUAUUCAGAAGAAUGGAGCUGUAAUUGUGGAUAGAAUCUACAAGACCAAGGACUGUAAAAAGAGAAUAACUGCAGAAGAAAUGACUGCAGUGAUAGAAGAGCGGGAUGCCGCGUUAGCUCAGUGCAGACGGCUGCAGCAGGAGCUUGACCGUCUGAAAGAGCAGAGCCAGACUUCAGCAAACAACAUGAGACAUCCGACUGCUGAACACAGUCAGGAACGUGCUCUGAAGGCAAAAUUAUUAUCAAUGGAGCAAGCCAGGGAAACUGCCCUUGAACAGUACAAAAGGCUGGAAGAAGAAAUACAGACAUUACGAGUUUACUACAGUUUACACAAAUCAUUAUCUCAAGAAGAAAAUUUGAAGGAUCAGUUUAACCAUGCUCUUAGUACCUAUGAAGAGGCCUUAAGAAACAGAGAGAGCGUUGUUUCCAUCACUCAACAGCAGAAUGAAGAACUGGUCACCCAACUUGAGCAGGCUAUGACCGAACGUGCAAACAUGGAAUUACAGCUUCAGCGUGCUGUGGAGGCCUCUCAAGCAGCCAAUGAAAAGGUUCAAAAGUUAGAAAGGCUGGUGGAUGUCCUGAGGAAGAAGGUUGGAUCAGGGACUGUGAGGACAGUGAUCUGACUGAAAAACACCCCGUGUGGGGGAAGCACUCACAUCUGGUGACCAGGCUGCCUCAUUCAACGCUGUGCAAACACUGAAAGCCUUAACUUAGCAAACAGUUGUCAGAAGUGGGACACUCCAACCACAUUCCAAGCUGCGAUAAAAUCAGAUCACAAAUGUUUAACCACUUUGCUGCUGACUUCGGUUAUUUAUCCAAAUAUAUUAACUACAGCUUUUACCAACUGUAAGUUACAGCUUAUUUUGUAACUAUUUUAUAUUUGUGCCUUUAAUGUAAAUCUUUCAGCCAGUGUACCAUGAAAACGUGUGAAGUCAGUCAGGAUCAUACCCUCACAUAUGGCCCUUUUCUGAAUCAAAGUGCAGCAAAGUAAAUAUUGUCCAAGCCUUAAUCCACUGUGUUAGGUCAAAACUUCAAAUAAAUGCAUUUUCAGUAUAGAGUAUAUUUCUUAACUGAUGGGAGAAACUCAGACAUGAGAGAAUGUAGCCUACAUUCAAUGUAUGUAUGCAGCUUUUAUUCUUAAUGUUGAAUAUAGUAUAGAACUCAUGAAUUAAAUGUAUGAUUUGCUUUAACAGUGCAUUAAGAUGGCAGGCACCAAGGCAUGACUUUUGUUUCACUAUAAAUAAUAUAUUCUGCUUUUAAUAUAUUCUGCUUUUAAUUAAGAAGGUUAUUAAUGUGCACUUAGGCAUAAAUAUUAUUGGUAUUUUGUAAUGUUGAGUCCAGGUAAAUUAUCUAAGCAUCACCUAUGCUGUCCCACUCAUAGUCUGGGACACUUUUGGAUUGUAAAUUAGUAUGUGCCAGUCAUCUUGUCUCUAUUCUAAAAGGCAAGACGUCAAACCUAUUAGCAUUCUUAUUAUCUCUUAGAUUAUGUUUUUUGCUGUGGUAGAAGAGAAUCUAGUAUAUAAUAUACAAAUAAAUUCUGAAUAUAAGGACCUAGAGAAAAGCAUUCUUGAGAUUUGGUUCAAAAUACCCACUUUUGAAUUUAUUUAAAAUAUAACUUAAAAUAAUGACUGUGGAAACCACUUCUCACCAUAUGAUGUUAUGAAUAUUUACAGAAAAUAUUGUCAGUUAUACAGAUUAGAUAGCUGAAAUUCCAUACCUGGAAAGGGUUGAGAUGAACAAAAACUACUGAGUUAUUGAAAAUUUUAUAGGCAAAAUUUUUCUAAAUUCCUAAUUCAGCUAUAAGAUUAAGCUAAAUUAUUUAUCAUUGCCUGUUUUCAGGCUAAAUAUAUUCAGAAUGAUAGACUAUAUCAUUCUUUCAUAUCCCACUGGAAAUAUCUGUUUUAUUCUCUUUGAACUCUAUAGAAUAUUUUGAGGUCCCUUAUCAUCAUGAAAUAUGACUCAAAACAUUAAUACAUCCUUGUUACUAAAUCUGUAACAUGAAGUUAACUGGUAGUCAUGUCACUGGAUUCAAGUUUGAAAUCUACUCACAUUACAUGUUCUUAGUGAUGUUAAACUAUGAGAAUCAGAAGACAGAUGACAGCAAAUGUUAAAAAUAGACCAACUGCACUUGCCUCACCGUCACAUAGAGGGUCGUAGCCUCUGGUAAACCACGGACACUUACCGUUGGAAGCCAGUGCUUUAAGUUGCUUGUUGUCUGGCUCUGUAACAGGCCCCUGUGUAAAGACGUGGCAUCUUAAAGCCACCCAGGGGUGCAGGUAAGUAAAAUAUCCAUUCCUGGAUGUUCUUCAUAGAGCCACAAGUAAAACUGAAUUUUCACCUUAGUCUUGAGAAACAGUUUCCUUGAGUUAUUUUCUCUGAAGUCUUGGAACACAGAGUGCAAAUAAAAACAUUUUACAACUUCCAAACGUCACUUAGAGCAACCGGUUCCUGUACAGUUGUACAAAGCAGGAUAUUAUAAAAUGAAACUCAUAAAACAAUUCUAACAUCUACCAUGUUUCAGUACAGGUGCCCCAAAGAAUUAAAAAAUGGCCCAGGCAACUUUUGUAUUGAUUUCUUACACUUAAAAAUGCCUGCCAACACUCUUUCAAGUAAUCAUUAUGUGAAGGAAUAACCAGAAUCACAGAAAAUCACUUUGCCACUUCUUAAAAAGCAAUGCAACUGCUGAAGAAUUCCGCUCUGUGUUUCCUUCAGUUUGCCUUAAAUGUUUCCAAGUCUACUAUCGUAGCGUGAGCGUUCACUUCUGAAACAAUAAGCAAGCCCUUUGAAGGCGAGAUUACCGUCGGUAACACCUGAUCUGCAAAAUCCUUCACAUCUUUUUUUAUUUGACUCUGCCAACAGUGUCAUGAUAAUUGCUAUACAGAUUUUAGUGUUGACUUUAUUGUUUUUGUUGUCGUUGUUAACUACAUUGAUUGUGAUGAGAAAACAAACCUCCUCGAGGUCUGACAUCUUACAACUAAACCGCACUAAAUCGUAGGUCUCUAGGCCUGACUGUAAGAAAAAGAAAAGUAUAGCGAAUAUUUUUCUUUUUCAUUUUUCAAAUAUUUUUAUUGAUUCUUUUAGUAUUUCCUACAAUGUAUUUUGGUCUUAUUUGCCCCUAACUCCUCCUCUUACCUCCUCCCAAGUUUUCCCCCAUCUCCCCAAUGGCUCCAACUUUGAAUCCUUUUCUUUUUUUUUUUAAAUUUAAUAACCUAGCAACCUCAGUCUGUGCUGUCCGUAUAAUUAUUGGUGUGGGGCCAUCCACUGGAGCAUGACAAAGAUUUUUAUGUCUGCUGCUACAGAGAUGUCUUAGUGGUCAGGUCAUUUACUGCUCUUGAAGAAACCAGGUUCAGUUCCCAGCACCCAUGUCAGGUGGCUCAUAACUGCCUAUCACUCUGAUCCAGGGGAUCCCACACUCUCUGACCCCCAGAUGCACCUGUAUUCACACAAGACACACAAAACUCAAGUAGGUAUAAACACAACCAUAAUUUUUAAAAAAUAGAUAGGGCAGUAAUUAUAAGCAACAUCUUAAAGAUGCAUUUUUAACUUCUGUAAUGUUUGCUCUUCUUGUUCCAUUUCCUCUUACACAUAUGCAGGAAUUCUCUAGUAACCCAAAGAUUAUAUACAUCUCUUUCCGUGUAGUUGACUUUUGUCACUGCUGUGUACUGUGCGGCAGCGUUUGCUCUGCCUCAGCCUUCGUGAAAAUGAAGGCAGGAGGUAUUCUGAACUAUUUUAAUUUCUUCUGUGGAUAAAACCCAACACUGCAGUGUUACAAAGUGGCAAAGCAUAUUUCCAGCACACUGUGCUUCCUACAGCACAUACUUGAUAAAACCAGUUGCAGGCAAAGCGGUGGGUGACAAGCAACACAGGCACACUACAACAGGACUGAUGAGUAAUAUAGAAUAAGUUAGGUUUUGAUGAAUAAACCGUUAGGUUUUAGAGCAAUUAAAACAAUAAAAAUAUUUUUAAAUAAAUAUUUUAAGCUCCUAUUUUGUGUGUUUCCUUAUCCAAAUAAACUGAAGAAUCUUAUUGGGUAACACACGAAUGAAAUUUGUUUAUGUCACAAAAAAGUUGAAAGAGAUUUAUAGCUUUAAUAUUAAAAGAAUUACAUACUGUUUUGCUUGUAGUUUUUUGGGGGUUUUAAUAACUUCUUGAAGUUUCUAUCUUCAAAUGGUGAUUAUACAUAAGGCAUUGAAAGAUGAAAUAACCAUGACAGAUGUUCAUUCGUCUUGACGUAGUUUGUGCAGUGCACAGACUUUUCACAUAUAUUAAUGUGUUCUUGGUAAGUCAUUUACAGCUAACCUUUGUAUUUGUUUAUUGCAUAUAUAGCCACAAAAAGAUACAAGAGCACAUCAGCCUCUUUAAAAUGGAUCUGUAAGUCAGUUGUUAGGCCACAGCAAGUUCAGCAUUUUGUGCAUGUUUUCUUAGAAGUGCAUAUGGUUUCUGGGGCUUUUAAACAAAUACAUGAAAUGGUUGAAAGAUUUAUAUUGCCCAUGCUUAGCUAAAUAUGUCAUCUCUAGAAAAGAUGUGAUUUAUUUUGGCACUGUUCUAAAACUCAACUAUUUCAAACAUUUGUUAAGUUGGAGCUUGCACAUUUGAACUAGUAGCGUACGUUCCAAAGUAGCAUCUCAAGUUGCCGAAGGUUUUGUAAUCCUUUCACUGAAAAAGCCCUUGCUGAAAAGCUUUUCUCUUUCACUGUGUUCUGUAGUAUGAGUUUAAAUUUAUAAUGGUUGAACUUGUUUUUAAUGCAGGUCUUCACAAAUUGAAUUUGACAAUAAUAAAUGUGUGUUUGUAAAAAUCAUUAA